CAGUCUUCGUGUAACAUGUGCGGAGAGGAUAGUUAUGUAUGGUACUGAGCUGAGUUAUUUUUAACAAAAUUCAUGAAUUUUGGUAGCUUUUGUACAAUAAUAUGAAAUCUACGUAAGCUGAACGAUGCACGCGUGUUUAAUUAUGUAGAAGUUUCUGUGGAUGACGAUGGGUAAGAGUAAAAAUAAAAGGUUCAAAUCGAAAAAGCCCAGGCCAACUGGACUGCCGAGUGUGAAAGAAAUGGAGGAGUUGGAUGAGACAGGGGGAGCAGAUUCCGUGGCAGCUGGCGGUGAUAUCAAACAAAAUGCUCUUAAUAUGUUCGAAAAGCUACAAAGUCCAUCAUCUGAGGACAGGGCUUGCGGAUGCUCCAGCAUCGCUAACCUAGUGAUGGACAAAACUGCUCUGCAGUUACUACUACAGCAGGGUGUGGUCAAGACCCUAGGCCCUCUAUUGCUGGACAAGAGUGACAUAGUCAGAGAGGGUGCUACAGGCUCUUUGAGGAACAUGAGUGUUGCAGGAGGUCAUGAGGUUUGUGAUAGGAUGAUAAGAGAUGAUGUCAUGACACCAUUGCUAGCACUACUUCAGCAGUAUGGAAAAGACUUGCCAGACGUUGUCUUGCAUGGUAGUGAUCACAGAGUUCCCAGCACCAGUAUACUGGAGCAGGCUCUCCAUCUGCUGUGGAACCUUUGUGAAAGUAGUAACAUAGCUGUGAGUAUAUUCAAUAAAGAAGACAUCUUGCCUUUAGUAAUACAUUGCUUCAAAGCUGAUGCUGUCAACAUGGCUCUAGCUACCACAGCAGCUCAGUGUUUACACACAAUUACUGAGGACAAUGAUCCUGUAGCCAGUGCGUUGAGCACGCCUGAAAUGCUAAGUGUGCUGGAGAAAGCACUUAUGAACCCAGGCAACAGUUCCUCCCAAUGUUUGUUUAAAACACUAACUGCAGGUAUUUUUUGUAACAUAAAGUCUAGACUUCCAGCGGGCAGCCAAGGCCAGACACUGCAGGCAUUGGUCAAGGUUUUGGCUCAAACAUUAGAAGCAGAUGCAACUCUGGAGGUUGCUUCAUUCCUUGAAACUCAUCCUGAAGAAAAUGGAAUCAAUGGAACUAGUAACAAGGAUGAUGGCAUGUCAGUAGACACAGAUACACUGAAGAUCAGUAAAAUGGAGGACUUAAAAAACUUACUACUUUGCCAGCAAACAGCACUCGAGAUCAUCUCAAACUUGUCUUGUUUUGAAGAUGAAGGUGACGACUGGGUGGAUAUGGACUGCAGUAGCAGUAGUAGUGAAGACAGUCAAGAAGACGAAGUUGAAACAAUGAAUGAAGAGCCAGAAAUUAUGAGCCCUCUUUGUUUGGCUUCUGAAAUACACAAUGCCUUGGUUGCACAGAGUCUACCAGUAAAGGUCUUAGCUAAAUUAUCAUUUCCGGAAAAACAGUUACUGGAGAAUUUGGAAGUCAGUACCAAAUACACAUGUUUAGCAAUAGGUUUGCUGCGAUUACAAUGCCGAGGACUGGUCUGUUUAAAUAAUCUGAUAACAGCGGUUGAACUGGAAGUGCUCGGCGGUCCUCCGGCCCUCGUUGUUGUCUGGGAGAAAUUGUUAGCGUUGGCACUCUCAGAUCACGUUCCCUCAGGAGAAGAAUUCUUGGAAGCAUUGACCAGUGCAUUGAGGUCAGUUAUACAAAAGAUGGCCACCGUCAAGCAGGCUCCACAGGGUUUGAAUCAGCACCAUGUAUCACAGCUCUGCAACCUUGGGAAGACUUCACCGUGUGAGGGUAUCCGCGUCAACAUCCUGGGCAUGCUGGGAAGUAUAGGCAGCCUAUUGGCAUUCGAAGAGAACGCAGAGCAAACAGUAGCGGCUGUAGGCAUUCAGCUGAUUGACAUCGCAACCAAAGAUCCAUCUAUAUGGGUGAUUGCCGAGGCACUGGACGCAAUCUUUGACACGUUUGGUGACGGGAAGACUGCUGAUGUGGUUGCAGAACGAAUCAAUCUGGUUGUGAAGUUAAGGAAUAUGGUCCCUCAACUCAAAUCUAAGAUGCGGCAGAACAAAGGCAACUUGGGUGACCGUCUUCCAAUCGUACAGAAUGCUAAGAUGAAUCUGAUUAGGUUCAUUAAGUACAAAGAAACACAACAAUGAAAACAUAAACAGAUUACUGUAUUAGAAAUUUAUUUAUUUAACCACUCUAAGGAUUGUCUACUGAUAAUUUUGUAACUCUAAUUUUCUACCAGCAAUAUACAAAAAAGCAGUUCAUACCUGUAUGUUGUGAGUACAGGUCUCCCUCCAAUAUAAGACCACCUCUCUAUGGUCCCAUAUCAACUAAUCUCUUUUAUCUGGUGUAUAUUACAGCUGAACUUGUCUAAUCCAAAAUGCCCUUGAAAUAUUUUUCGAUUUACAGAUUGUUAAUGGAAAACACGUCAACUUAGGCAAGUUUGACUGUAUCUUAUUAUUCUAAUUACAGACCAUGGAAACCCAGUCCCAAAAGUGGCCCUUAUUUGGAGGUAGACCUGUAUAUCAGUAGACAGUUAAGAUCUUUUAAAUUAUGAUUUAGCAUUGUACAGAAUUUUACCUAAUUUUUAUAAAGUAUUUACAUGAUGAAUUAUGCUUGUGACAUUUUUAUCAAAACCAUUGCCUGGUUAAGAGUUAUAAAAUUAUUAUGAAAUGUAACAAUUAAAGCUUAAAUAUUUAUUUGUUAUAUUAACAUAUAAAAACAAUCACAUUAGAAAUCGUGAUACUGUACUGUAUUCAAAGUUUUAUUAAUUAUUGAAGCGAGUGUGAGAGACUUGGAUAAAGCUUAAAAGUAAACAGCAUAUACUACAUUAGUUUAAAAAUUUUAAAUUAUAUAAAGGGAAGAAAGUCCACUGCUUCAAAACCAUUCAUUGAAUUAAAACAUUUAAAAUAUGUUCUAGUGCACAAUACCUAAUUCAAAGCACCCUAGGAUUUUGAUGCAAAUGAGGGUUAAUUUUUAAU